AUGUAUCUUGCUGCAGUAGCUCAAUUUUGCGCAACAAAUUUGAUUGCAAAAAAUCGUCAAAUUUGUAUUGAAUUACUUGAGAAGGCAUCGAAGAAUGGAGCAAAGAUGAUAUUUUUCCCUGAAGCUUCAGAUUUUAUUGCAAAAGAUUCCGAAGAAACUUUAUCAUUGACAUCAUCAAUUAGUAAAAAUCCAUUUGUGAAUGAUAUUAAAGAUGCUGCUAUUAAACGAAACAUUUGGGUUUCAAUGGGAAUUCAUGAAUCUAGUCAUGAUCCACAAAGGAUUUAUAAUUCUCAUAUAAUAAUAAAUUCUCAAGGAUCAAUCAUUGAAACAUAUCGAAAACUUCAUUUAUUUGAUGUGAAUAUUAAAGAUGGACCGAUUCUCUUGGAGAGUAGCACAACAAUACAUGGAGAACAAAUUUGCGAUCCUAUACAUACACCUUUAGGGAAUUUAGGAUUAAUGAUCUGUUAUGAUUUGAGAUUCCCCGAAUUAUCUUUAGAAUUGAGGAAGAGAAGUGCAGACAUUUUGACAUUUCCAUCAGCUUUUACUAUCAAGACCGGACAAGCUCAUUGGGAAGUGUUAUUGCGUGCUAGAGCUAUAGAAAAUCAGAGUUAUGUCAUCGCAAGCGCUCAGAUUGGACAACAUAAUGAAAAACGUGCUAGUUAUGGACACGCAAUGAUUGUGGAUCCAUGGGGUACAAUAUUAGCCAGAUGCCCUGAAACAGAUAAGCCAUCACUAGCUUUUGCUGAAAUAGAUCUUGAUCGAUUGAAAAGAAUUAGAACAGAAAUUCCUGUAUUAAAUCAUCGUAGAACAGACAUUUUUAAUUAA